AUGAGUCGUAGUUGGAUUACAAUCCUGUCUCUGUUGCUAAUUUCUCAGCUUGCUUCGGCUAAAAUUUUGUUGAUCGGGAACAAUACAUUUCUCUCCUUCGAUUAUGUCCAAGCAACUUUCACUCGGAUUGUUGAAAGUUCGGGGGAAUGUGGAUCGUUGUACGCUGCAGAGCCACUUGAUGCGUGCUCGGAUUUAACCAACACCGCGGAAAAAGGAUCAAAGCAUAGGUUCGCUUAUGUAUUGAUAAUCCGUGGUGGCUGUAGUUUCGAGGAAAAAGUUAGGAAUGCGCAGAAAGCUGGAUUCAAAGCUGCUAUUGUCUAUACCGAUGGAUACGAUGAGCUCUUAUGGCAGGAAACUCAUCUGGAGUGUAUAUACAUGGCUUGCUUGUUACAAGAGCAUCUGGAGAAGUACUUAAAGGGUAUGCAGGUCAAACCGGGAUGGGGGUUUGGCUCAUCCCCGGAUUGGGGACUUCAUCGUGGUCAAUCAUGGCUAUCACUUUCAUAUCUUUAUUCGGCAUAUCUACUCUUCUUGCCACUUAUUUCUUUGUCCGUAGGCAUCGAAUUAGACGUGGACAUGUGCGGUCUUUACCUCAGUGGCGGCAGAGGAACUUCUGGUAUGCCUAGAAAUUUGAUACAACGGAUUCCGACUGAAGUAUUUUCAGGUCUUCUCAAAGUUGGUUCGACUUCUAUUACUUGUACUAUAUGCAUUGACGAUUAUUGCAUUGGUGACAAACUCAGGAUCCUACCUUGCCAACACAAAUUUCAUGCUGCGUGUAUCGAUUCUUGGCUCCGUCUUUGGAGAUCCUUUUGUCCCGUUUGUAAACGCGAUGCAAAAGCAGGGAACAGCGAUCCACCGACAUCAGAAAGGACAUCUCUGCUUUCUCCUAGCCUGAGCUCUUCUACUUCAGUGCAAUCAUUAGCAAUAGCUAUCAGACAAGAGCCUCUCUUACGUUCCACUGUACUGCAGCCAUACACAGUUCCUACGUGCCACACCCAAGAUCUCAGGAACGUCUUCCCAAAGAUUAACAUACAGAACAAGCCUGGUCCGUGCAUCACCAUGCUGGAUUAG